AUGCCUGAGCAGGGUUCUUGGCAAUUCUACGAUCUCCGUGGCCAGGAAAGAUACUCAUCGGAAGACUCGGAGAAAGUCACGCGCAGGGAUAGAGUACCUUGCGCGCCCAGCAACCACGAUACUCCCCAUCAAUUACUGGCUGCCUCGUCCCGGCAGUUUGGGUCGCGGCGGUCGGACCUGCUUGCCAGCGCACACCAACUACAUAGAGGCAUUCGCAUACGCCUCGCAUUCGCAGCCUUGCUUGCAGGGCCGGAGCUGGUGCCAGGACCUGGACCGGAGCCUGAGCGUGAGCUGAUGCUGGAGCCGGAGCUGGUGCCGGAGCUGGAGCUGGCGCCUGAGCCAGAACUGGAGCCAGAGCCAGAGCCAGAGCCAGAGCUGGAGCCAGAGCCAGAGCCAGAGCCAGAGCCAGAGCCAGAGCUGGAGCUGGAGCUGGAGCCAGAGCUGGAGCUGGAGCCAGAGCAAGAGCUGGAGACGGCUCCACUUACCGAAGACGAAGAACUGGCCGAGGACGAAAAACUGGCCGAGGACGAAGAACUGGCCGAGGACGAAGAACUGGCCGAGGACGAAGAACUGGCCGAGGACCUCACCAUUCCCGAUCUGACGGAAUACACUCAACGAGACGAAAGUCCCUACCAGACCGCCCCAAUCACUCUCAAGGUAGAGGACGAGUAUUAUACCGUUCUACACUACUACCUGCGGCCGUACGCUCGACUCGAGUGUGAUUCGUCAGCAUCUCACCGAGGACCCAGCACAUUUAAAAAGGGGUCAGGCUCGCUGCAGGAUGGAAAGCUAUACCAUCUGGAGCUAGCCAUCGAGUCUCGAGCCGCCCAUACCUUCAUUCAUUACCUUAGCACUGGUCAAUACGAGACGCUGUACAACGGACGCCCACUCACGGUUGCUGACGUUUCCGAGGCCGUGCGCGCCCGCGACCUUGAAGAGCUCACGCGCGCGGCCCACACCUACGCCGCAGCGGUGUACUACGAAGUCCCCGGGCUACAGGAGCUGGCCAAGGGCUUCUUGAAGCAAUUUGCAGCGCGACUGCCAACUGAGGACACUUUGAAAGUGAUAAGGGAAGUAUAUGACGGUCUGCGCGGCGAGGAGCUGGCCCGCACUUGGCUGGAGGACUUUGUUCGGAAACGCUUAGCAAUUGCUUUCUGGACUAGCCCGGUGUCUCUGAGACAGAUUAUACGGGCAUAUGGCAUUGGUAAGGAGGAGAGCUUCGAUGGGUUUAUCGUCGAUCAGGCCUUGGGCCAGCUCGAGGGGGAGAGAAAGAGGCUUCAUCAAACUCUUGGUGAAGUCACAAUCAAGUAUAUGAAGGCGAAACAGAUGCUAGGUCGCGCAAAAGAAAGGGAAGGCGAAUGUGAUUCCAGACCUGUACCGAAGCCGCUUUCUGGUCUCAGGGAGCUGAAGCAAGCAACGGAGCCAGAGCUGCUCUCCGAGUCCGCCCCUGUUCCCGAGGCUGAAUCUGUGCCUGAAGCUGAGCUUGAGGUCGAGCCUGCGCCGUCAGCAGUUGCGGUUGAGGAUGGACAUGCUCCAGAGCCAGAGCCAGAGCCAGAGCCAGAGCCAGAGCCAGAGCCAGAGCCAGAGCCAGAGCCAGAGUCAGAGCCUCUAUCCGAGGUCAAGCCUGAGACUCCACGAUAUUCAGAAAUUAAGCCUGAACCGGAGUUCCACUUAGGGGAGGAUCGAUCAGCAUUGCAACCUGUACAGGAACCAGAACCAUACUCUUGGAAAUAUUUGACCUCCUCUGAUAGGAGAAUAAAGAAGCAAGAGAAUGAGGGGAGGCAGUACUGGUAGGAGCCAGUUGGAGAAAAGCUGCAGCCUUAGAUGAGCCAAUUUCAGAAUUGGCUGCUGAUGGUCAAGUUGGCUAGAUUUGUUGAAGAGGCGACCUGGUCUUUUCGUUAUAUUGGUGCAUUUCUUGAGUUUUCUUAUCUUGCCAGCAGUCGUUUUCGAGCUGCGCAGUGUCUUGAUUCUCGAGUGAGGAGCUGCUGUCAUUACCAUUCCACUCAUCAGUCCUCAGGGCGUGGUCACUUCUUCUUGCUGGUUAUGUUUCUUCAAACUUGGUAGUAUUAGUGGCACAUAUUGAGAGACAGGUCAUCUUGGUAAUUGCUCUACUCAACCUUCUCGACCAAGUAUAUCAAGUAUGUACUCCCAG